CGCCUCUAAAUUCUCAGUACUUUCCAACAAGUUUCCGUUUCUUUCACUGCUGAAAGGGAAGGAAAAGAUGGCGACGGCGUGGGGUGCAUUCUGGGGAACGAGAGUGCUGGAGAUAGUGAAGAAACACGAUUCUGGAGGCCUUGUUUGGAAGAGAAUUAAGCUAACCUCAACCCGGAAAGCCAAUGCCAAGAAGCGCCUUCGUCGCGUUUGGCAGAAUGAGGCUGUUUUGAGGGCAUGUUCGGAGCCACCUCCCCCAGAAAUUUCGCAGGCUGAAGGUGGGAAAAUUGCUGCCAAGAACUAGAGCCUUCAGAUUAGUUGAAAUGAGUAAGAGUUCUAAGAAAGCAUGAUCCUCUUUCACUUGGGACUUGGGAAACGAAUGAGGCAAAUUUAUGUGUACUUCUACUGCCAUCUUUAUGCCUCAAAUUUGUAGUUAGGUUUUGCCUGGAACUUAUGAGUUUUAAUUAGCUUGAUAUUUCCUUUGUAUGGUUAGUUCAAGUUAACACUAUGCAUCAACUUGUAGCAUUUCUCCUGUAGGUUUUUCAUUAGGCCUUGUUUGACUUGCAACUAUAAACCUAUUCAUAUGGUGAAUGAUGUUAUAAAAAUUUGAAGGUGGUAGGAGUUGCUUUUACCUCUAA